AUGGGUGCAAAGAAACGUAGCAUCACUAACGAUUGUGUUCAGUCAGAUAGAUGUGUGAAAGAGAGGAGGACAGCAUCACAACACCUGAAGGAGGCCCAGCAGAGGAGGAAAAUUGGGCCCAGUAGAGCGCAGAGGAUUUAUGACGAGAGCCCAAGUCCAGAAGAAGAAAAUACAAGUCCAGAGGAAAAUGUGAACCAGUAUCCGGAUGAACUUGAAGAACAAAUUGAUAAUGCUUAUGAAGAAGAUGAACAAAGUAAUAAUGCUUAUGAACAAGAACAAGAUGAUGGUGAACAAGAAGAACAAGAUAACGAUGAUCAAGAAGAACAAUGUAUUAAUGCUUAUGAACAAGAUGAACAAAGUAAUAAUGCUUAUGAACAAGAAGAUGAUAAUGGUGAACAAGAUGAUAAUGAGGAUGGACAAGAACAGAGUAUUAAUGCUUAUGAACAAGAUGAUAAUGGUGAAGAACAAAAAGAUAAUGAUGAACAAGAAGACCAAAGUAUUAAUGCUUAUGAACAAGAAGAUGAUAAUGGUGAACAAGAACAAGAUGAACAAGAAGAACAAGAUGAUAAUGAGGAUGGACAAGAACAUACUAUUAAUGCUUAUGAACAAGAUGAACAAAGUAAUAAUGCUUAUGAACAAGAUGAUAAUGGUGAACAAGAACAAGAUGAUGGUGAACAAGGUGCUAAUGAUGAACUAAAAGAACAAAGUAAUAAUGCUUAUGAACAAUUAGAUGAUAAUGGUGAACAAGAUGAUAAUGAGGAUGGACAAGAACAGAGUAUUAAUGCUUAUGAACAAGAUGAUAAUGGUGAAGAACAAAAUGAUAAUGAUGAACAAGAAGACCAAAGUAAUAAUGCUUAUGAACAAUUAGAUGAUAAUGGUGAACAAGAUGAUAAUGAGGAUGGACAAGAACAGAGUAUUAAUGCUUAUGAACAAGAUGAUAAUGGUGAAGAACAAAAUGAUAAUGAUGAACAAGAAGACCAAAGUAAUAAUGCUUAUGAACAAGAAGAUGAUAAUGGUGAACAAGAUGAUAAUGAGGAUGGACAAGAACAGAGUAUUAAUGCUUAUGAACAAGAUGAUAAUGGUGAAGAACAAAAAGAUAAUGAUGAACAAGAAGACCAAAGUAAUAAUGCUUAUGAACAAGAAGAUGAUAAUGGUGAACAAGAACAAGGUGAACAAGGUGAUAAUGAGGAUGGACAAGAACAGAGUAUUAAUGCUUAUGAACAAGAUGAUAAUGGUGAAGAACAAAAAGAUAAUGAUGAACAAGAAGACCAAAGUAAUAAUGCUUAUGAACAAGAAGAUGAUAAUGGUGAACAAGAAGAACAAGAUGAUAAUGAGGAUGGACAAGAACAUACUAUUAAUGCUUAUGAACAAGAUGAACAAAGUAAUAAUGCUUAUGAAGAAGAUGAUAAUGGUGAACAAGAACAAGAUGAUGGUGAACAAGGUGCUAAUGAUGAACUAAAAGAACAAAGUAAUAAUGCUUAUGAACAAUUAGAUGAUAAUGGUGAACAAGAACAAGAUGAUGGUGAACAAGAAGAACAAUAUGAUAAUGAUCAAGAAGAACAAAGUAUUAAUGCUUAUGAACAAGAAGAACAAGGUGAUAAUGAUGAUGGACAAGAACAAAAUAUUAAUGCCUAUGAACAGGAUGAACAAGAAGAACAAAGUAUUAAUGCUGAUGAGCAAGCUGAACAAAGUAAUAAUGCUUAUGAACAAGAUGAUAAUGGUGAACAAGAACAAGAAGAACAAGAUGCUAAUGAUGAACAAAAACGAAGUAUUAAUGAUUAUGAACAAGAAGAACAAGGUGAUAAUGAUGAACAAGAAGAACAAGACGAUAAUGCUGAUGGGCAAGAAAAUUAUAAUACUGAUGAACAAAAGGAACAAGAUUAUAAUGCUGAAGAACAAGAUGAUAAUGCUGAUGAACACGAAGAACAAGAAUAUAAUGCUGAUGAACAAGAAGAACAAGAUUAUAAUGCUGAUGAACAGAAAGAACAAGAAUAUAAUGCUGAUGAACAAGAAGAACAAGAUUAUAAUGCUGAUGAACAAGAAGAACAAGAUUAUAAUGCUGAUGAACAAGAAGAACAAGAUUAUAAUGCUGAAGAACAAGAUGAUAAUGCUGAUGAACACGAAGAACAAGAUUAUAAUGCUGAUGAACAAGAAGAACAAGAUUAUAAUGCUGAUGAACAGAAAGAACAAGAAUAUAAUGCUGAUGAACAAGAAGAACAAGAUUAUAAUGCUGAUGAACAAGAAGAACAAGAUUAUAAUGCUGAUGAACAAGAAGAACAAGAUUAUAAUGCUGAUGAACAGAAAGAACAAGAAUAUAAUGCUGAUGAACAAGAAGAACAAGAUUAUAAUGCUGAUGAACAGAAAGAACAAGAAUAUAAUGCUGAUGAACAAGAAGAACAAAAUUAUAAUGCUGAUGAACAGAAAGAACAAGAAUAUAAUGCUGAUGAACAAGAAGAACAAGAUUAUAAUGCUGAUGAACAAGAAGAACAAGAUUAUAAUGCUGAUGAACAAGAACACGAUUAUAAUGCUGAUGAACAUGAAGAACAAGAUUAUAAUGCUGAAGAACAAGAUGAUAAUGCUGAUGAACAAGAACAAAGUAAUAAUGAUGAUGGACAAGAACAAGAUAAUGGUGAACAAGAAGAUAACGGUGAACAUGAAGAACAAGGUGAUAAUGCUGAACAUGAAGAACAAGGUGAUGAUAAUAGUGAACAAGAUGAUAAUACUGAUGAACAAGAACAAGAUGAUAAUGCUGAACAUGAAGAACAAGGUGAUGAUAAUAGUGAACACGAUGAUGAUGGUGAACAAGAACAAAGUAAUAAGACUGAGGAACAAGGACAAGAUGAUAAUAGUGAACAAGAAGAACAAGACAAUGCUGAUGAACAAGAACAAGAUGAUAAUGGUGAUGAACAAGAAGAACAAGGUGAUGAUAAUAGUGAACAAGGUGACACCGGUGAACAAGAUGAUACAGGUGAACACGAUGAUGAUGGUGAACAAGAAGAACAAAGUAAUAAGACUGAGGAACAAGGACAAGAUGAUAAUAGUGAACAAGAAGAACAAGACAAUGCUGAUGAACAAGAACAAGAUGAUAAUGGUGAAGAACAAGAAGAACAAGGUGAUCAUGAUGGUGAACAAAAUGAUAAUGCUGAAGAACAAGAUGAUAGCACUGAUGAAUAUGAAGAACAAUUUGAUAAUGAUGGUGAACAUGAAGAACAAGUUGAUAAUGAUGGUGAACAUGAAGAAUCAGUUGAUAAUGAUGGUGAACAUGAAGAACAAAUUGAUGACAGUGAACCUGAAGAACAAGUUGAUAAUGAUGGUGAAUAUGAAGAACAAAUUGAUGACAGUGAAUCUGAAGAACAAGUUGAUAAUGAUGGUGAACAUGAAGAACAAGUUGAUAAUGAUGGUGAACCUGAAGAACAAGUUGAUAAUGAUAAUGAACAUGAAGAACAAGUUGAUGAGAGUGAACCUGAAGAACAAAGAACUAGUAACAAACAAGAUCAGAGUGUAAGUGAAAAUGAGCUAAAUGUUGAUGAAAGUGGCAACAGUGGCUCGGAUUACGAUGCCGAUGAGAGCGACGGUGACAGUGACCAGAAGAACGAGCCUGACUAUCAAGUCGGUUUUAAAUGUUGUUCUAAACCAAAUACCACUCUUGAGGAAGCCAUCGCCAAGACAACGGAAAAAGUUUGUGAGGGACAGGAGGAAAAAGAACGCAAAUUUGGAACACCUGAGGAACGUGGCAAAAUUGAAACCCUCCUGUACAUAAGUAAACAUGACAAAGGGGAAGAAAGUGAUGUACCUGAUAGUGAAGACAGUGUUAUUGUACCUGAUAGUGAAGAUGAAAUUUGUUCAAAUUAUUAUGGAGUUAAAUCACUCAAAAAGAGAAAGGUAUUACUUGAUUUACCAUUUAUUAAACCUCAUGACUUAUCAGGCUACAUCUCCCCGACUGACUGGCUCUUUACCCACACAAGCCCAUCGAUCUCUUUACCUAGUGACGGUUCUGGCCCUUGUGGACAGGAUGUGAUCGCUCAAGAUGUAAGCCAUUCCUCGUAUCUGAGCGAUGAGAAAUACACAGAACUGUAUAAGUAUAGCACCAGGCACCUCAUCGAGUGUGGCUUACGGCAACGUCUCGCUACCCCUGACAGCGGGGAAAUACGUAACUUGAGGGGAAAGAAUAGAGCUUCCAAAUCCGGUGAGGAACAAAGAAAUUCCACAGAAGUUUUGAAAACACCACCAACGUCUUCCCCAUCUUCUGGGAAUAAUUUGAGUCAGGUUAUUGAAUUGCAAUAUACAGGUUCCGUUACCCCUAACACCGACGGUCAGGUGAGAGAAAACGGACAUAUUCUAUCACCCGUCGAGGGAAUACUAAAGAAAAACACCACAGACGCUGAUGGUAGUUCCUCUAUAUUUAACAUUAUAUCACAACUGUUUAUGGGAGACACAGAUAACGGUGCCAAAGAUGAUGUCAGAGAGAGUGCCAAGGAAGAUGCUACGUCGACGAGAUUAAAAUCCAGACUUCUGGAUAUAGAUGACGCUGAUAUUAGUGACUUAUUACAAAACGAGAGACAAGUAAAUAAAGAUGAUAAAUAUAGAUCGGGAAGUAAAACAAGUGUUAUAGCCGCGUCACUAGCCCAGCAGCAGCCAUUGAGUCAUCCAGAUAUAAACUGCACUGAGAGUCUCAGUGGCCGCACUCAGGACCAUUAUGUGGUCACGAAUGGCCUGAUCGAGUUCGUGACAGCUGGUGGUGACGGUAUUGACACCCAGAAUGAUGUAACAGUGCUGGAAGCCGCAGCCUCACCCUCCUUGAAGUCACACAAUGUCAGCUUUAACACGGGGACGUCAGCGACACUCUCAGACGUCGUGACAUCAGCGAGGCGGGAAGUGACGUAUAAUGUAAACACAACAACAUCAACGCCUGGCACUGUGGCGUCAGAACCUGUCACUCCUCCUGGGAAGACAGGGCCAGAACCUGUCACUCCUCCUGGGAAAACAGAGUCAGAACCUGUCACUCCUCCUGGGAAGACAGAGUCAGAACCUGUCAUUCCUGCUGGGAAGACAGAGCCACAGGUCUCCUCCGGUAAGUCAACGAGGAUGGUUGAGUCUGUCUCCAAAGUGUUCAAGGGCAGGACCCCGGGGCCGCUGCUGCCUAACACAGAGGAGCCUGGGUAUUCCCGCUACGGCAUCAUCACCUGGGCCACCAUCCACGACGUCGAACCCACCACCCCGAUGACUCCCGUCUCCCAAGGCACCAGACAACCAGUAAACCGUCCUCACGGGGCCUUCCUGGAGCUGUCUGGCGACGAUCUUGGUAUAUUUGACUCUCUGCUGAAGGUUGCGGAGUCGGUGGGCAGCCCUGUAGUUAUUGAUGACGUGGUCAACAACAACGUCAAAAUCUCAGAGGCGGUGCCGACGGACGUCAACUCUCCUUAUUUACCAACAAAAAACAGCAACACUGACGUCACUGCUUCUUAUGAGGACUCGGUCAUGCCAGCGCCUCAUAGUUACCUCCCUCAAGCUCACAACUUAUCAACUUUGAGUCUAAACGUUAGUGAAGACCUUCCUAACGGCGAGACGACUACUUCACAGGAGCAAGUUUUCAAUAAACUGACCAACUACUGGUUUACUGACCUGUCACGCAGACCUCCAGCACACACCGCUCCGGAAACCAGCACCUGGACAGCAGACGCCUGGUAUGAUGACCUCCUGAAGGCGCCGGUGUCGUCCUCGCCUCACACCACCACCACUGACGUGUUCUCAGAGACGUGGUGGGAAUUACUCACAAAGAACACGUCAACACCAUCCUCACCGUCGUCCAUUGUCUCACAAGGUUCUGUAGUCAAGCCUCAAGACUCUCUGACUCAGCUGACACGCUCCCCCCGCCCUCCCUCACCCUUCACCACCCCCCGCUCCCCCACGACGCUCCGAGAGGUUGACAACAUAAAGACAUACACGACAACCCCACCACACACAGUCAUCAUGCACUCAGGACUGUUCCCGAGCGUCCCCUGGUGGCGGCCAAGACCACAUUACACCAUGCAAGAAAUUAACUUAACAACGCCAGACCAAACCCAGAACUGGUCUAGACCGGAGGAGGAGGACGAGAGCCUUCAGAUUCACACCAGAGUGACCAACCCAAGUGGUAGUCCAACGAGUGUAACCUUACCGUGGACCUCUACCUACCCUCGCCCUCCCACACAGGGAUCAGGGGCGCCCUCAGCUGCCGUCACAACACACACAUCUCCCUCGGCCGAGGGAACCACUCCAGGACAAACAGAAGACAACACGUCGUCAGGCGCCGCGGCCUCCAACCUGCAUCAGCUACAGUCUCUCCUCAUCAGCACCGCCCACAAUGCUCUUCCGCGUAACACUUCUGACGUCCAGAUCUUAAACUAUUUAAUCAACAUUAUGAAGAAGUCAACGCCGACGGUAACCACCUCGAGGGUCAGGGCGCCAACCAGGCCAGGCAUCUCUCAGUUAGCUGCCAGACCUCUCAAGGGCGUCACCUUCCCUCCACGACCCCUCCACGGUGUCGCCUUCCCUUCACGACCUCUCCACGGUGUCACCUUCCCUCCACGACCCCUCCACGGUGUCACCUUCCCUCCCCGACCCCUCCACGGUGUCAUCUUCCCUCCACGACCCCUCCAGGUCAUGGCACGACCUCGCAUCACCACUACCGAGGCCCCUCCCAUCACCGUCACCACUGUUACACAGACCGUCACUUGGCUGCCUGACAGACAUAUCUCCCAGGCGCCUCAAGCGGCACAGAUCAACAUCAGACCAAGUGUGUCAGUGACCUACUCGACCAUAGGCGGGAUACAGGUCGCCCCACCAGCCACACACCCGCCGCCAUCACCCACCAGCCUCACCCUCGGGCGUCCACAACCAACUUUCCUAGACGGUCGUCCCUCCGCCACCUACCUCCAUGGAGACUUGGCCUCCCCACAGGUGCUGACGCUCCUGGAGACGUGGAACUCUGACCCCGGCCACGUGGUGACGGUGAGGCCUGGCGCAGGACACCUCCACCAGCGACCUUCAGGUGUGUACAGACCUCUCGCCCUCCCGUCCUUCACCACCACCGUCAACAACAUGGUUACGCCCACCGUCAACAACAUGGCCACGCCCACACACUUCAACACAGUACCGGGGGUCCUUGGUGGUUCCGGCCAGCCCACACACAAGAGGCCACAUGUGCUCACAGGAGUCGUCGAGGAUCACACAAGUUAUUCAUUACGUAUCAACACAUCAGUGGGCUCAGGCGACACAUAUGGUGCUACUCCUCCCACCCUCGACCUGCACCAACACCCGACCGUCAACAGUGAGUCUCAGCUCCAACCUCACACCUCCACCACCCUCACCUCCUCCUUCAGCAAUCAGGUACUGGGGGCGGCUCCUCGCCCUUCAGUCAGCGGGCCUCACUGGACACCCUGGAGGCCACCACCAGACGGCACUACUGAGGUGGCACCUGACGGGGCCAUCAACAAGACGGCAGACUCCGGGCAGGAUCACAGACAAGAGCCGAGUGUGACCACCAGCAACAUGACGGCGGGGUGGAUCAAACAACAGAUCCACGAGUAUCUGGCAGCCACCACCACCACACCCCCAUCCACCAGUGCUUCCUAUGGUAUGUUACCUGAGUGGUUGGUCGAUAUAGUCAAACAUACAACAACAACAGUCACCCCUACACCACCCACAACAACAACAGAAGAUGGAAUCAAUAUUAACAUUCCUGUCAGCUUGGUGGACAACUUACUGUCACAGCUGAACACGCUCGACAGGUUGUCUUCCUCACGUCCAGCCGUCAACGAGAUUCUUAUGAGUCCAAAAAACCCGCUGUAUAGCAUCUUAAGGAAGGUCAUCAGGGCCACCCAUGGUGACCUGAGCCACGCCAUGACUCUAGUCUCAUCUCUCAGUGGCACUACACCGCCCGCCAGUGCCACACAGGUUGCCGCCACAACAUCCUCAUCGACUGAGAUUCUGUCAGCCGGACCAUCUGUGUCAGCGUUGUCUGAGUCACCACAGCUGGUCAUCACGACACACGUCAGCCUCCCACCAUUGACACACUUUGUGGACGCUCCUGACCGCCAAGUGUCAGACAACACGCCCAUGACAACUCCUCCGUCAUACUUCCCAAACUCGACCAGCUGGCCGCCCUCACACUACCUGCAGUCAGUCUCCAGCUGGGAGAGGAACACCACCACGACGCCCAGCCGCCCACACACAGAGUCCUUCCACAGACACGUGUUCUCUGCUCCUCAUCACCACCACCAAGACUCACCGUCAUAUUCUGAAGAUGAAAGACGAGAACAGGAGGAACAAGUUCAGCUGUCCCGGCUCAUACAGGAGAUACUGAUGAACUACAUGAUUGGUCAACACUCUCACCCAGACACCAAUCAACAUGGAGAUAAACACAAACAUCACGGUGGUGGACAACACCCACACCACCACCCUCCGCCUCACCAAGCUGGGGGCGUGAACCAGACCAAUACUCUUCACUUGAGCGAGAUGGUGGAGUGGGCAGACACCCUGUCAGAGGCGCUCAUGAACAACCCUAAUGCCCUCGUCAGCGCCCCUGGUCCCAGUAAGCCCGAGGUGUUGGCUGGGAUGGUGAAGGACGUGUUGGCUGUCAUCCUCACCCGCAACAGGACGUCAGCGCCGCUAUAUCCUGACCCAACUGUCCUUCAGCAGGUGUUGUCCCAGUUGAUAGGAGACAGUCAGCCUCAGUCUAGCACAGUUGCCAGCGUCUACAAGCCCUUUGAUGCUGUUCUGGCUACACUGGUCGUGCCCGACAGACAGCCUUCCACUAUACUAGAUCUCCAGGAGAAUUAUAUACACAGGGACGACACCAACGAUGUUUAUAACUCCGUGACUACCGUCUACCCUCCCCGCUGGUCCUCAGUGACUGGUCCUCACCACCACCAGACUGGACCCACUCACUACCCCAGUCAGAGACCGUCACCACUCUUCCCCAGCCGCUGGCCGACGUCCUGGGGUAACUUCAGUGUCGCCGCUGUCUCCCGUACUCCCGGUGCCGUCUUCUUGUCGCACGACGCUGCUGAGGUGAUGGCCGCCUCACAGUCCCAGGUGGACGCCUUCCGCCCCACCAGCCACUACUACCCGCCGGCACCUGUCCUCUCUACCGCUACUUACGUCAUCCCAGAGACGGCAACAACACCUGUGGCUCGUGAAGGCUCCGUCAUUGGCCGCCCCUCAAGUGUGUCGUUCAUCCAUCAGUCACAACACCAGCAGAAGGUUAAGUUUCCUUCAGGGCUCAGUGGCGCCCACCAUCAGGUCACACCUUCACACCACUAUCCUCCAGCAGCUGCAGGAGACCCUGAAUCUCAGCUGGCAGCGUCUCACACACCUGCCCUGCCAGCCAGCGGUCAACAGGUGAGUGGCAACAUAAACACAAUCCCCGCACUGACUCCUCCACACAGUGAGAACAAGUCCCCGUACUUGCCUCAAGAGCUGCCUCGGGUUGACGCCCCACAAUUAUCUUAUUCACACGAUGUGUUUGGGUCUGAGACUCACACCAAGUACCCGCAGAGACACGACACAAGUCUUGGAGCUACACAGGUUGACCCCACGGCCGUGUUUACUACUCGGGAGCGACACACAGUGGUGGGUGGGUCAGUCACCGUCAGGGCGUCGACCACCCGCCCUGGUGCUGUGUCCAGGACGGCUGACCUCACCACUGACCGGCGGCAGACCUCACCCCUGACACACUCCCAGGCUGAUGACGAGAAUGGGGCGGAGUUAACGACUGAAGGUGUGUUGUGGGGAGGCACGACCCCUCUGGACGACCUGGUCACCCCAACACUGCCGCACCACACCGCCACCCCAAUCAGGGAGAGCAUCAGUAACUUAUCCUCUCAGGUGUUGCUGUUGCAGAAGUUGGUCUUGAUGAUGAUGAACAUUACUAGCCACAACGACGCCCUCGGCCUCACCACUACACCUGAGGCGACAACCUUCUCUCCUUCAGUCUUGGCGGCGACCAUCUCCAGAAUAACGUCUCAAUUGAACCAAAGUCCAUCAGGUGAGGGACCAACACUACAGCCCCACGCCGUCACCACUCCUCCACCGCUCACCACCUUCAGCUCACUGAGGCCAGACAGUAACACAGACAUAUACAAUCCCUUCCUGGUGACGUCUGGAGAGCACAACAGACCUCCGCUACAGGCAGUGUAUGUUGACCACAACGACCCCGCCAAGACCUCUGGCUCGGGCGGCGGGAACAUCGUGUCGUCCAUCAUGGAUCAGAUGACCAAAGUGACGGAGAGUCUGGGGAUGAAGGAGCAGGUGCCGUCAGUCAUAGAGUCUGGCUCACUAACACACGAGGCUCUCAGGCUCCUCACUGAGGCCGUUGAUGUACUCAGGCAUAAAUACGGUCCUCCAGGAGGCCAGGAAGACGACUCUUUCCAGGACGUGGAGGAACUGCAGGGAAUCCUGACAACACUUGUGAAGGACUCCACCAACUUUACUGUGACGUCACCAGCACCACCCCGGCCCACAGGACCAGCUGUUGAGGGAAACUGUAGCGAUGACGACAGUGUUGAGCAUAUUGUUAAGCCAGAGUUUGUCACCCAAGACUUUUCCUCCAACACCAUACCCUCCUCCAUCACCACGCCCUCCUCCAACACCACGCCCUCCUCCAACACCAUACCCUCCUCCAUCACCACGCCCUCCUCCAACACCACGCCCUCCUCCAUCACCACGCCCUCCUCACCUGCAGGUGAAGCUUCAGAGCCCGAGCCACCCUCCCCUCCUCCACCCCUAGGGAUAAUUCCUCUACAGCCCACCACACAGCCGCCACACCUGCCCACCUGGACACAGCCGCCACACCUGCCCACCUGGACACAGCCGCCACACCUGCCCACCUGGACACAGCCGCCACACCUACCCGCCACACAGCCUCACUUAACACCAGUACCAAUGCUGCCUUUACCGACCUCAGCAGUUUCAGGACAGUCACCCAACUUGCCAGCCUUCAUGAGUCGCCCACCUUCUGCGAGACCCGCCACCACCACCACCCUCGCCCCCCGCAGCAGGCCGGGGCCCCUCAACAUCUACAACGUCCUGCGGCCACAUCCUAAACCUGGCGGAGUUAACAGCAUCACCGCCGGCACACUGACUCCCUCUAACCUACCGGCGUUAGUUGUUGGUGUUGAGUCUCUAGGGGCGCCGCCUUUGAGGGGUACUCGGCCGGGGUACUCCUCUGUGUCUGGUGUAUCCGGGGGUCAGGUUCCUGCCACCUACUCCCCAGCUGCCGUGCCCCAGGAAGGCCGCCCCUAUCCUGACCAUCAAGUGACGUCAUACCCACAAUACCCAGGUUCUCUCAGCCCAGAGUCCGGGUACACUACUGAUCUCUUGAGGCUCGGGUAUCCUGCUGGUGUUGUCCCUUCAGGAGGGUUCGCCACACCAGGAACGCGUCCUCCUCAACAGCCAGUGACGUCAGGAGGAGGAGGAGGAACUGUCACACCUCACAACACUCGUCUGACGGCCACGACCCAGCUGGAGACAGGAGUGUACCGGUGUGGGAGUGUGGGAGGCGCCAGGGUCAGUAACUUCCUCAAUCCUUCAUACCCUCUGCCUGACCGCGGAAGAGGAUCGUGUUCCUUUCGUCUGGUGGUGACCGACCCUACAGUCUGCCAGGUACGGGUGGAUUUCGUAGACACAGCGCUGUUACUCCCAGCACAAGGAGAGUGUCGUGACCAGCGGCUGACUGUGACGGGCACCAUCCACACUCCUUCUGUUGACGUCUACUGCGGGAGGAACACCGACCAGCACUUCUACGUAGAGAUGGUGACGCCGGAAGUGGGUGGGCGGUGGGUGGAUUUCGUGGUCACUACUCACACCGCCACCCACAGUUACCGCUUUGGUCUGUGGAUCAGUCAGGUGUCGUGUGGGGCGCCCGACCCAUUGAGAGCUCCCCGCGGUUGCCUACAGUACUACCUGGGGUCAUCAGGGGUCAUCAAGAGUUACAACUACGAAGGUCAUCAGUACCUCAAUGACCACCACUACCGCAUCUGCGUGAGAGCCUCGCCCAGGGCCUGCGGGGUCACCUUCUCUGCUAAGGAGGGAGAGUUUGGCCUGCAGAAGCUCAACUCUCGGGUCGUCCCCUUCGACAGAGCUGGCGUAGGGGCGCGAGCGUGUGUGAGAGAUUACCUAUAUCUGCCCAGCCUGGCGAACGAGGUGGUGGCGAGCGGGGGUUUGUCUUCGCCAGGAGGGGGAGUGAGAGUCUGUGGAGGGAAAUUCUCACACAUACACAGCGAUACCUCCUCCAGACCUCUCACAGGGUACAUGACAGGUGCAGUGUACGUGAUAUACUUCAAGACAGGUGAGCCGGAGGUGUACAACAGCGGUACACAUGGACCGGGGUACAAGCUCUCCUACCACCAACGGUACAGCUGUCCCCACACCACCUCCAAGCACGGUACAUCUGUCUACAGUGACGAGUCACACCCCACGUCCCCACAUUACCGGGAACACCUCCUCGACGUCACCUCCUCUGUUUUCCUCCCCUAUGGCCUCCCACCUCCUCCUGUCUCUAACUCCCUCCUGCCAGGGCCGCUACUGGAGGAGAACUACCAGACGAAGGAGGACCACACCUUCAGGGACUCCGGCAAACCUUUCCUCCUGUACAGAAGAGCAGGAAUCAGCCCUCUGGAGAAGAACAGCCCCCAGGACACCUCUGGGGGCUCAGGUGGGACUGAUGGCCCUCUCAAUACCUCCCAGGUGAUGAGUCUUGUCGGUGAUGUUUUGUCGGAGUCACUGCAACAGACGCUGCCGGGGUUCGGGCACUCGCUAGGGACGCUACUGCAAGCUACAAGACCAUCCCAGUUGAACGAGGGGCACCAGGUGAACGAGGGGCAUCAAGUGAACGAGGAGCAUCAAGUGAACGAGGGGCACCAGGUGAACGAGGGCAUCAGUGAACGGGCCAGGGAGAAUGAAAUAGGAAAACAGAAUAAUCAAGGAACAGAAUAUAUCAAUAGACCUGAAGAUAUAAACGUGAGUAAACUGGACAUCUACAACAAGUACAACUCCUACAACAACCCCUAUAACUACCACAACCUCAGCAACCACAACCUUGGAAUAUUAAAAGCAAGGUUCUCAGAUUUGACGCCAGAGGGAGGAACUCAGGCCCUCGACCUGGCGACGACCGAUGAACCUCUACUGACUCCUGCUGGCGACUUAUCCUUGGUAGGUGUUGACGGUGAUGGCUCUAACACCUCCUCUUCCCACCCUGCAGAAGGCGAUGAAGAAGGGUUAAAAAGGAACGGUAUACUGGAUGAUGAUAAUGGUGGUGGUGAAGGGGAAAUUGAUAAAGAGGGAAUAAGAAAUAAUACGAUAACUAGAGGCACUAAAGAAGGGAGAGAAGGAGAGAAUGAUGAUGGGAGAACAGGCAAGGAGAGAAUUAGGAGAGAUAUAUUAAAUGGAGAGAUGAGAGAAGGUAAGGUAAGGGAUUUGGUCACGUGGUAUCCCGACAUCAGCCCUGGAGAUGUCAACAAAGAACAGCUGAUCUGGAAGCCAUUAGAUGUAAACAAACAACAGCUGAUUGGCAGGAGACCGUCAGAUGUCAACAAAGAACAGCUGAUUGGGAGGGGACCAUCAGAUGUCAAUAAACAACAGCUGAUCUGGAAGCCAUUAGAUAUAAACAAACAACAGCUGAUUGGCAGGAGACCGUUAGAUUUCAACAAAGAACAGCUGAUUUGGAAGCCAUUAGAUGUAAACAAACAACAGCUGAUUGGCAGGAGACCGUCAGAUGUCAACAAAGAACAGCUGAUUGAGAGGGGACCGUCAGAUGUCAAUAAACAACAGCUGAUCUGGAAGCCAUUAGAUAUAAACAAAGAACAGCUGAUUAAGAGACCCAUAGAUUUUAAGACGGAACAGCUGAUCGUCAGUAAGCCAGUGUACUUCUACAAAGAACAGCUGACCGAGAGACCCACAAAAACCAAAACCGAACAGCUGAUCUGGAAGCCACUAAAUGUAGACAGAGAACCGCUGAUUGACAGAAGACCAGAGGAUGUCAACAAUGAACAGCUGAUCGGAAGCAAGCCAAUACAUGUCAUCAAAGAACAGCUGGUAGUGAGGCCGCCGCCGUCAACUACCAUCACUAGUAAGCCAUAUUACGUGUUGCCCUUCAUGACUUACGAUAAAUUUGAGGCGUUGACUGAUAAACUGCAGCGUUAUAAGAUAAGGAUCAGCGCUGGUGGUGUCCCUUACAUCAGCUCUGAAGACAACAGCAUCAAGGUAGGACACACUGGGGGCUAUCCUACAGCAGGGGAUCCUAACACUGUCGUUACCUGGUACCCUUACCUGGACAAGCACCAACAGGUGACAGAGAAUGAUCUCAGUACCAGACUAAUUACCUGGUCGGCUGUGGACGGCAGGUGA